ACGUUCAUCGCGAAUUCUCCUGCAUUUACUUCCACCUAUUCAAUGAACUCAGGUCCUCAAGUUUUGAUGGCCUUAGUCGGCUCCAAGACAACACCACAAGAACAUUGAUGCAUAUCGUCAAGAUGAUUCCUGUGCCCAUCUAUCUUGUCAUCAGGAUUGCUUCGUACCGCGCGGUUACAUCAAAUUGCUUACUAUGACCGUGCUCCUUUACCAGCUUGACACAGAUCACCAUGUGAAUCUUCAUCUCGCUUUUUGCAUCAUUGCCUAGUAGUAAUUGAUGUGAUUGCUGCGGUUUCUGUGGUCAUCUACAAUUUCUAAAACAUGGAGAACUACUCUCCAUAUUUGAACCCCUAAGCAGUCAUGAUUGAGGGUCUAACAAUGGGGGCUUGGAUCUUGAGAGCUAGUAUUUAGAUGAGGAGUCGUGUCUUCAAUACUGCUCCAUGUAUUUUUUGGUUUUUUGGUUGAAUAUUACACUAUUUGGACUCGAGUUUUUGGUUUUUACUUCCAUUAAAUAUCUUCAGGUCCCAUUAAACAUGACUACCUUAAUUCAACCGACUCAUCUUCCAAUUGCAUCGCGCUCUUCCCCCCUUCGCAAAUCAACCACCAAUUCAAAUUUCCCAAUCACUCACCUACCCACAGAUAUUCUCUUCACUCUCUUCCGUCUAAUACCAUCUCCACAAACUCUCUCCGCUCUCUCCCUCUGUUCCCGCCAAUUCCACCACUACAUCACUCCAUACCUGUAUUCGCACUUCCUCCACCUCGGCGAUACAUGCACUUCCCUCCCCCAUUUCCUUCACACCAUUCUCCACAAUCCCCACUACGCACUCUACACCAAAACCUUCACCUGCAACGCUCUAUUAGGCUACCGAACCGACAUCUCGAUCUCCAAUUUCUCCCCCUCAGAUCUUACCCUCCUAAAAUCACGCCUCCAAUCCAUCUACACCCAAGAGAAUGGCUCACGGUCCCCAUUCUUCGGCUCCUAUAUCACCUCACAAUGGUACAACUUUAUCCUUCAAGGAAACUGGGAUGCCAUCGUCGCAUUAAUUCUCUGUCUCCUUCCUAAUCUUCAAUCACUCAAUAUAAUCAACCACGCAAGCGGUUGUCCCUACGGAUAUCCCUAUCUCGAAACCGUGCUCAACCGAGCAGCAAAGCUACAAAAUCAGCGACUUCGCGAUCCCAAUGGUAUAGCUCAGCCACAGCCAUAUUCACUCCCGCUUUUGCGGUCUUUACACCUAGCAAAACACGAUACUAUACAUUAUCCGCGCAUGGGAUUUGAGAUUCUGCGCGCCCUUCCAUUUUUAGCAAUCCCAUCCAUACGCGAAGUCGACACACACAUGCUUUCGGAUUAUCAUUUUCCAUUUAACGCUUUAUCUUCUUCUCUUCAGUCUCCUUCCUCUGCUCAACCCGCACAAACCCCAACUCCAAUAACACCAUUCACGCUCUCAACCUUCUACUCCGCCCCCCUUCCAAAUUUCACAUUCCACAUCACCCAUCUCCACCUCUCGCACACCGUUCUCCGCCGGGAAUCCUUAAUCCCAUUUUUCAGUUAUUUCAAAUCUCUCAAAUCCUUACAAUGGGAAUGGGAAUACGAUUUUCAAAUCGCAGAAAAAGAAGGAUUGGAAUUUUCAUUUGAUAUGAAUCAUUUCCUGCAUUCCAUCGAACAUUUGAGAGGUAUCCUCGAGAUUUUGAGACUUCGCGUUUCUGGAUCAUCAUCAUCGUCAUCGUCUGCUGAGAUUCAUGAUAGAAGCGAGGAAGAAGAAGAAGAAGGAAACGCGUAUUAUCAACACCGACACCACAAUGAAAACAACAAGCGCAACAAAUACAAUUCCAUCCUCGCGCAGCUCUCGCACUUUACAAAACUGGAAAUCCUAAGCCUCUCCGCAAAUUUACUUCCCGCUCCCAAACAUAAAACUCAAGGUCCAACCCCAGACUCAAGCUCAAGCUCAAGCUCAAACUCCGAAUCCGAAUCCGAAUCCGAAUCAGAAACCGACCCAAGCAAAAACAAACCCAAACCCAAACCCAAACCUACACAUCUCCCCCUCUCCCUCUCCCUCCCACCAUCCAAAAGCAGCAAAACCAAAACCAUACUCCACCUACGCCCAAACAUUCCCGCAAACACAAACGCAAACGCAAACUCUUCACAAGAACCUCGCGAUCCCCACGAUACUCACAAAGAAGAAGAAGAAGAAGAAGAAGACCCCAAACAUCACACUCUGAAUUCCCACUUCCGCUCCCGACCGCAAUCCCAGCCUCUGGAAAAAGAUAGUUCGCCUCCCUGCGAACAAUGCACGCACAGGGCAUAUUUUUCAGGCUCGGGAAAUUCCAUUCAGAGACGCGGGAGAUAGGUGGUACGAUGCGAUGCGAUGCGAUGCGAUGCGAUAGGUGAAGAAUACACCUACAGAUUGAUAGGAGAAUCAACACAUUAAAAUCCCACGGGUCAAGUAUCCGACGAGCUUUUUGGUUUUAAGCGGGAGGGGAGGGAAGAAUGGGAAGGGAAGGGAGGGGAGGGGAGAGUGAGGAAAUAAACAUGAUAUGAUAUGAUAUAAUGAACA